AUGACCAAAGGCGACGUCGAUAUAGCAGCAAAUCUAGACCCCAGGUUUGAGAACCCGAGGGAUGAGAAGCUGCGAAAACAGACGUUGGGCAACGUCCGGUUGAUGCACCAUGACAGCAAGGGCCUCAUUCUGGUUCCCAGGCCGACGUCUGACCCUAAUGAUCCUCUGAACUGGCCGAAAUGGCAAAAGUAUUGCAUCACUGCGAUCGUGUGCCUGACAAUGGCCAUGUGCACCUUUCUGGCGGCAGGACCGAGCAUUGCCAUCGUCCAGACAGCUGCAGACUUCUUUCCCGAAUCUGUGGCGGACAACACGCUCAUGUCAUAUGCGAUCCCCAGAGUUGCCUACUUCUUCACGACAACAUCACUGUUGCAUGGCACAGGGAACCUCAUCUGGGUGCCCUUGGCCAACAAAUGGGGGCGCAGACCGGUUUAUGUACUCAGCUACCUCAUAUACUUUGCCGCCUCAGUCUGGCUCAUAUUCGACAAGUCAUAUGGCGGGUUUCUAGCCGGGCGAAUCCUCAUGGGAUUCGGCGCCGGGGCCGCCGAGACCAUUGCCCCCGUCUCGAUUGUCGACCUCUUCUUCCUGCACGAGAGGGGCCGCAUCAUGUCGGCGUAUACCGGCUUCCUGUCUAUCGGCGUUGCGGCAGGCAUCAUCAUUUCGGGACUCAUCACGAUUAACCACUCUUGGCGAACCAUCUACGAGGUCGGCUCCGCCGUGGUUGGCCUGGGUUUGCUCCUGGCCAUCUUCACCCUUCCCGAAACGGCUUAUCCUCGAGAAAGCUGCAGCGACAGCAAGGCUCCGACCUCGACGGGUGAGCUAGCAGCCGCGAGAUCGGCCAAGAGCUUCUUCGAAUCGACAAAGGGCCCGGCUAUCACACGGGAAAGCUACCUUCAGUCUCUUCGACUCUUCCGAAGAACGUUGACCGACGAAAAUAUCUUGAAGAUGAUGAUCCGGCCGUUUGGUUUGAUCAUCCUUCCUCCGGUGCUUUGGGCUGCGCUCGUUCAGGCCGCCACGAUUGGCUUCCUCGUCGCCGUCACAUCCAACGUGGAUGCUGCGUUCCAGCAGGCCUACCACUUCCAGCCAUAUCAAGUUGGGCUGUGUUUCUUCUCGGCAAUUAUUGGCUCACUGGCCGGCGUCCCAGCCGGCGGUAUGCUGGGAGACAAAGUAGCUGACUGCCUGACCAAACGGAACGGCGGCAUCCGCGAGCCAGAAAUGCGCCUCCCUGCGAUGAUUCUGUCUUGCAUCACGGCUCCGCUGGCGUUGGUACUCUUCGGCGUUGGGGUACAGCAUCAGCUUCACUGGAUAUGUCCGACCAUUGGCCUUGGCCUUUUGAACUUUUCCAUCACUCAGGCCGCAAACAUCUGCCUCGUCUACGUCAUCGAUGCCUAUCGUCCUGUUGCCGGCGAGGUCACUCUCGCCGUCAUGGGCUUCAAAUCGCUCUUUGGAUUCCUUCUGGCUUUUGAGACGAACCCCUGGAUCAACGAGAGCGGCUACCAGAACGCGUAUGGCGCCAUGGCGGGCAUCUCUGCCGGCGUGCUCAUCUUAUGGGUGCCGCUGUACUUCUGGGGCAAGAGGAUCAGGCACAGGACGUGGAAGUGGCCGAUAAUGUCCCUCGUCCACUGGAACGACGACCGAGAGGUCGGGGAGUAG